UGGCCAUGUGUGCCAGUGUCUACCAACCUCAAACAGAAAGUAAAGUGUUGAUAUAUUGAAGUAUCCAGCUGAUAGUUUGUGAACGCAGAAAAUGUAAAUAUUUUUUUUAUCCGAGUUUUCUCAUUUUCUUAGUGACAUUAUUGAACUUACGAGCAAUUAUUCAAACAAUUGUGUAGUUUAGUCAUCAAACAAAUUUCUACAAUGUCAAUAUUGAGUAGAAAUUAUUCGCAAAGUGCACGACAAAUAAAUUUAAGAUAUCCCGGAAAGAACAGUUAGAAAUUGCGUAUUGUUUUGGUGUCUAACCAAAACAGGAAAAAUAAAUAUUAACCAUGCAACAAGAAGGAAGCCCCAAAUUCUUGAAGUAUCAUCAGGGUAGCGUGAGGAGCGUCGCAUUCAGUCCACGGGUAUAACAUUAUAUUUACAGAAAUGUUUAUUUUUAGAACUAUAAGUUCCAGUUCCAUCAACUACUUCGCAAUACAUCAUUGCUCUUUUGAUAUCGAGUAAGCCAGGAAAGCAAUAAAACGGGUUAUCAUCGUUAUGAUAGAUAUUUAUUCUGUUCUGGUGGAUACGAUGGAAAAAUUAUUUUUUAUUCUGCUCUUCGAAUGGAGUCCGUCCUGUGCUAUCAGAUAACACCGCAUUACAUUACACAAGCUAAAAAUGUUAAUGCAGUUCGAUUUACGUCUGAUGGUUCACGGGUGAUUGCAGUUACGAAUGCUCGAAGACUAGUUGUAAUAGAUGUAGAAAAAGGUGAACAGCUCCUGGCGUACGACAAUUGUGCAUUCGGUGGAAAAGACCGAACUGGACUUGCAACAGAUCCGUCAAGACCAAAUUUAGCAAUAUCCGUAGCUGUAAAUGGCAAAGGUCUUACUCUGGUGGAUUUACGAAUGCCUUUGCCAUUAGAUUUUAUUUAUGACUUACAUGGUUCAAUUAUACGAGAUAUCUGUUUUCUACCAUCGUCAUGGCCAUGGCAAAAUUCUAUAUUAACUGGUGGCUCCGAUGGAACCUGUAAAGUAUCUUCUCCUGAUGGAAGAGUUCUUCAUGCAUUUCAAACUGGACAUUCAGUCAAUUGUGUUUGUGUUACUCCAGAACCUUUCACUAAAAUCGAUGAUGAUGGCUUUUACAGUUUGAUGUUAAGUGGUGGAGAUCUCGUUUCUGCCUAUGUUCCGGAUUCAGGAGUUCAACAAUUAUUGAAAGAGCACAACGAUUGUCCAGUUUGGAAACUUCGAUAUACUUCCAAUGGAAGUACUCUUUAUUCUGUAUGUGAUGGUGGUAUUUUAAGGCGUUAUAGACGCUAUCCAAAUUAUCACGAAUAUCUUGGAGAAGUUUAUCGACAUAAAGGUGACAUCCAAGAUUUAGAUGUAUCUUCUUAUGACGAAUAUAUCAUUACUGCAUCUAAAGAUUGUAGCGUAGGCGUUCUUCUUCUAGGCUCCCCAAAUCAUGGGUUCACUGAAUACACAGAGCUUACAUAGAGAUGAAUGGACUUUAUUUACAACACUUCUAGAUAAACAAAAAAUUAACAGAUGCAUUUUCUAAUUCUUGAUAUAACUUGUGAAGUUAUUUGUUGUUAACUGCUUAAGCAAAACCGUGAAUCGUUAUUAAUAUAAAUUUUGUUAUUCUUUUUUUUUGUUUCUACAAACUGAGUUCUUUAAGUUGAAUAUUUUUUAACAUAAAAAACAUAAUCAUAAAUACUAAAAAGUUUAAAUUUUGUAAUUUUUCUUUUCCUAUGUUUAUAAUAACGUAGAUAAGCAUUAAUUAUAUUCAUUACAUAUUAAGUCCUUGAGGCAAGAAUAGAAUUUAAUUCAUAAUGAUAAGAAAUAUGGUCAUAUCUGAAUAUUAACUAACUGCGUGUCAAUAUAAAUAGCAAUGUUGA